AUGGCCGCCAAGUUUGCUUUACUGCUGCUGCUGCAGCUGGCUCUCACGUCGGCGGACGACAUGUCGAUGGAGUACCACCGCUACGACGAGCUGCGGAAGGCGCUGGUGUCCGUGUGGCUGCAGUGUCCCACCAUCGCGCGCAUCUACACCGUCGGCGAGAGCGUCGAGGGCCGCGAGCUCCUCGUGCUGGAGAUGUCCGACAACCCCGGCAAGCACGAAGCGGGCGAACCCGAGUUCAAGUACGUGGCCAACAUGCACGGCAACGAAGCGGUGGGCCGGGAACUCCUGGUCUACUUGGCGCAGUACCUGUGCGACCAGUACCAACGGGGGAACCAGACCGUGGUGGACCUCAUCCACAACACACGAGUACACCUCAUGCCCUCCAUGAACCCCGACGGCUUCGAGAAAGCCGCCUCGCAGUCCGGCGAGAUCAAGGACUGGUUCGUGGGCCGCACCAACGCGCAGGGGGUGGACCUGAACCGCAACUUCCCCGACCUGGACAGGAUCGCCUACAUCAACGAGCGAGAAGGCGGAGCCAACAAUCAUCUGCUGCAAAACAUCAAGAAGUCGGUGGAUGAAAACACCAAGCUGGCACCGGAGACCAAAGCGGUGAUCCGCUGGAUCAUGGACGUCCCCUUUGUCCUGUCGGCCAACCUUCACGGGGGCGACGUGGUGGCCAAUUACCCGUACGACGAAACCCGCACAGGCUCGGCCCACGAGUACAGCGCCAGCCCAGACGACGCUCUCUUCAAGUCGCUCGCCAAGGCCUACUCCUCCUUCAACCCCGUCAUGUCGGACCCGGGGCGGGCUCCUUGCCGCCAGAGCGACGACGACGCCAGCUUCAAGGACGGCGUCACCAACGGGGGGGCCUGGUACAGCGUACCGGGGGGAAUGCAAGACUUCAACUACCUGAGCAGCAACUGCUUCGAGAUCACGCUGGAGCUGAGCUGCGACAAAUUCCCCGCCGAGGACACGCUCAAGAGCUACUGGGAGCAGAACCAAGACUCCCUGGUUAACUACAUACAGCAGGUUCAUCGCGGUGUCAAGGGCUUCGUGCGAGACCUGCAGGGCAACGCCAUCAGCAACGCCACCAUCUCGGUGGAAGGCAUCGACCACGACGUCACCACAGCCAAAGACGGCGACUACUGGCGCCUGCUGAUUCCUGGCAACUACAAAGUGGCGGCAUCGGCUCCGGGAUACUUGAGCGUCAUCAAGAAAGUGGCCGUCGCCUACAGCCCCGCCACCAGGGUGGACUUUGAGCUGGAGUCUCUGAUGGAACGAAAGGAGGAGGAGCGCGAGGAGCUGAUGGAUUGGUGGAAGAUGAUGUCGGAGACGCUCAACUUCUAA